AAGAAAUCAAAUUUAAAAUAAUAGCGUUGUGAUAAUGGAUAAAAGAGAAAACAUUGGUUCAAGCGACGAUGAAAAUUUCGAAGACGCAAAUGAGAAAAUUGUUAAUGAACUUAUUGAAGAAGCAACUGGCGUGAAAUUAACAGGAGUAAAUGAUGAAUACAACAUGUCAUUAAAUGAGGAAGAUGAUUCAGAUCAUGAAAUAAAUGAAAAAGAUAGUUUCGUUGAUUGUGAAACAAGCGAUUUUAUUGAUGAUGAGUCACAAAAAGAAAUGGAAAAAGAUCAAACAAAAGAAGAACAAGAAACGGCGAAACUUAAAGCAGAAGAGUUAAAAAAGCAAGGAAAUGAAGUUUUUAAAACUGGUGAUUAUGUGAAGUCAACUGAAAUCUAUACAAAUGCAUUAAGAACUUGUCCAGUAGCUUGUGAAAUGGAAAGAUCAAUUAUUUAUGGAAAUAGGGCAGCUGCUAAGCAGAAAUUAAACUUGAAACCAGCUGCAAUUGAUGACUGCACAAAGUCAUUAGAAUUUAAUCCAAAUUAUGUUAAAGUACUACUUAGACGAGCUGCUCUCUAUGAAGAAACAGAAAAGCUUGAUGAAAGUCUUGAAGACAACAAAAAGAUUCUAGAACUCGAUCCAGGAAAUCAUGAUGCAAGAGCAGCUCUUGUUAGACUUCCUCCAAUGAUAAAUGAACGAAAUGAAAAGAUGAAAGCUGAAAUGAUCGAUAAAUUAAAAGAUUUAGGCAAUAUGAUUUUGAGACCGUUUGGACUAUCAACUAGAAAUUUUGAACUCAAACAAGAUCCUUCAUCGGGAUCAUAUUCCGUUAAUUUUAAUCAAAGUCCUCAAUAGUUAACUUAUCGCUAUUUAAAACAGAUUUCUAAAUAUAAUCUGUUUAUUAGUUAGAUCAAAAAAAAAAUUGCUUCGAAGUAAUAAAAGUUUUCAUAUGUAUAAAUUCUUGAAAAGUUUUAUUUUCUUUCUUUUUAAAAAUGACAGAGAUUUCAGAUUUAAACAUUUAAAUUAUUUCGUUAUCGUCCAUUAAGAAAAUUACAGUAAACCUCACAUGCUGAUUAUUGAAAUAUUUCCGAAAAUUGCAAAAUAAACGAAAAUCGUGUGUUAAACAGUAAGAAAAAAGA